GAAGCAUCCAUCAACAUGAUCCCCAUCGUGCUGGCCUCAGUGCUCAUUGCUAGCGUCCUUGGGUGUGGCACCCCACCCAUCGAGCCCCUGACUCCCCGUGUGGUUAACGGAGUCGAUGCCAAGCCCCACAGCUGGCCCUGGCAGAUCUCUCUGCAGUACGAGAGGGAUGGCGUGUGGAGGCACACAUGUGGGGGAUCUCUGAUUGCUGCCAACUGGGUCAUGACUGCUGCUCACUGCAUCAACGCCAAGCUCUCCUACAGAGUGUUCGUGGGCAAACACAACCUGCUGGGGGAAGAGGCCGGCUCCAAGGCCAUCCUGCCCGAGAAGAUGAUCGUGCAUGAGAAAUGGAACCAGAUCUUUGUGGGUUUGGGAAACGACAUCGCCCUGAUCAAGCUGUCGGAGCCUGUAACUUUGAGCGACCAGGUGCAGCUGGCAUGCAUCCCUGCUGCUGGCACCGUGCUGUCCAACCUCUACCCCUGCUACGUCACCGGGUGGGGCAGGCUCUACACCGGAGGCCCCAUAGCUGAAAAUCUGCAGCAGGCUUUGAUGCCUGUGGCUGACCAUGCUACCUGCUCCCAGCCUGGCUGGUGGGGCAUCGCGGUCAGGACGACCAUGGUGUGUGCCGGUGGGGAUGGAAUCGUGGCCGGGUGCAAUGGCGACUCCGGUGGCCCUCUGAACUGUCAGAACACAGAGGGAACCUGGGAGGUCCACGGCAUCGCCAGCUUUGUCUCUGGCCUCGGCUGCAACUACAAGAACAAACCCACCGUCUUCACCAGAGUGUCAGCUUUCAACGACUGGAUCGACCAGGUUAUGAUUAACAACUAGAAAAUAUGAAGUGACAAUAAAAGAUAUCCA